GCUAAUCAAUUUCACAGAACCCGUCAGUGGACACAGUGCUCUGCACUUAGCCUCCAUUUCCAAUGACAUCGAUAUGGUCAGCUUUCUCCUUGACCUUGGUGCUCACCCUGACGUGCAGGACAGGAUGGGCUGUACUCCGAUGAUGAGGGCAGCAGAACUGGGCCAUGAAUUGUCCAUGGAAAUAUUAGCCAAGGCCAAGGCUGAUAUGAGGAUAGUUGAUAAUGAAGGAAAAGGUAAAAAUCCUAACAUUCUAUUUCACAGAUGCAAUUCACCUGGUGGCCAGAAAUCUGUGCAGAGGACAUUUUGCUUUCUGACUGUACAUGUGAAUUACUCAUGGUUUCAAGGGAAAGACCAGAUUCUCACUCCUGCAUCUAAGGACUCACUCCCCCCAUAAUUUGAAAACGAUAUAGGGCUAUCUUAGGGAAAGUAGUACUGAGAGUUUUCUCACUUAGAAAGAAAAUUAGAAUUAGAUUAAUCUGCAUUUGGGGUUUUUUUCCAGGUAUGGAGAAUUUUCAACACAUGUAUCACUGUGAUCAUAACCAUGUAUUAUAAAAUAUGAAUUCUUACUUAGAACAAAAGGUGAGGUAGAGCAUUUCUUAUUCUUUUCCACAUUUUAGAACCUCAAGUAGUACUAGACUCAGGAUUCCUCUCCCCUCUCAGUAGCAGUCUGAUGGAGGAAGGAGGUGCAUUUGGGGCUUUGUAGGACUUAAGUAGACUCUGAAAGAAACUCUAAUUUCCUGGGGUUAUUUUAAGUGUAUUUGGAAAUACGGCUUGAAACUUGAGACAGGGCAUUUACAUGACUUCAGGUGAGACAGUCGUACUUCUCAAUGCUGUUCUCCUUUAUCCCGUCUCAGGUCCACAGUCUGGGAACUUCUUGUCCAAACAAUUUAAGGUUCCAGCAGGAGGUGACACAACCUCAGGAAUAUCACUAAGAAAUUUACCACCAGGCUUAAUAUAAAUCAGUAGAUGUAGUCAGUUGUUCCAAAGAGCUGCUUCAAGUGCAAAGCCGUUAACAUCAGUCCUACAUUGGAGACCUAAAUCCCAUUUUAUUAUGUUAAUGAUUUCUGCCAGGAACAAAAUCUGCUUUUGUCAUUUUCUCCAGACUUAGUAUUUGAUAAGUGACUUGCUUCAAAGAAAAGGAAGAAUUAUUUGAUUACUCAAUGGUAUCACAUAACAAAAUAAACUUCAGAUGCACUCAGAGGUCAAAUGUCUUUUAAAAUGUUAAAUUCUGGGGUGAAAAAAGCCUCUCAAAGGGCUAUAGAAUAUCAUUUCCCAAAGUGUGUUCCAUGACCCCUUAGUCCCUGGGAUGUUGAUAAGGGCUACAUUCAAAAUUGGUUCCACUGUCAAAUUCAUUAGAGAAUCAUUGGAUAAAACAAAUGCAGACAUGUUGAUUUCACAUUUGUCAGAAAGACUAAAGACAGUGACAUUUUCCAUAUUCUCUUCAUGAAAGUUUUUCCUUAUGGCAUCUUAUAUACCUGGAGUUUUGUGGAAUAUACUUUGGGAAACCACUGUAAUGGAGAACACUUUACCUCCUUGAAUUUGAAACAGAGAUAUAAAUCACAAAGAAAAAUUGAGAAAUUUUGUGGUAUGAAAAUCUAAAAUUGUGAAAUUAAAGCUAAAUUGUCAUUUCUUUAUUAUCUGGGAAAUGGGUCAGUCAAUAAUUUUCAUGUGGUAUAAUAUUUCUAGUGUAUACUUUUUGCCUAGUUUCAUUAACAGGUGCCUUUCCUUUCUUUCAGCAUCCUUUUUUGCUUAAAUCAUGUUUCUUGUUAGCUACUGUACCUCUUUUAAAGAAGCCUCUGUCUAGAGGGAGGCCAUUAUAAAGUUAGUGUGGAACUUGGCUGUUGUUUACUUGACUUCUUCUGCAGAAUUAUAAGAAUACAGCGGAUCUGGAGUACACUUUUAAUAUGCAUUAUUUCAAGGCCACGUAUGUCAGAAGUCCUGGGUGUGGAGAGUGCCUCUCUUCAGUGGAACAAAACAAUUUGCCAGAAUGGCAGAGCUGCUGGCCACCUACUUUUCUUCUCACAGUUACUCUGCUGACAGCCUGUUUCAUAGACACUCAGCCAGUCUGCGCAUUUCAUUAUACACUACUAUCUCCUUUGCCACUCUGCAGUUUCAGAAGGAACAGAGCGACCCCCACCAGUAGCCCUCUGGGACACAGUCCUACACAUUUCCACAAGGGAUGCCUAAGGUAUAGACUGCAAGAUGCCAAAUACUGGGGUGGACGGGCUCACAUACCGGCCCUCAGAUUCUUUCCUAAACCAGGUCCUAUCACAUCUGGUUGUGUCUGCUUUCUAACUCUUAUCAGAGGUUGAGUUUUUUUGUUUGUUUCUGUCUUGGUUUCAGAGGGAAAACCAAGACAGGUAUAUGUCUUUGCUCAACCACCUUCAACUAGCUAAUUGUGGAUUUUAAAAUUAUUCAUUUUUCCUUCCUGACUCAAAUAUGUAGAAAGUAUGAAGUACUCUUUGGGAAUUCUAUUUUUCUACAGGUAUUUUGUUUUACUGCAUUUUACCUACUAAGAGGCAUUAUCGCUGUGCUCUGAUUGCCCUGGAACAUGGCGCCGACAUCAACAAUUCUUCCUAUGAAGGAAAGCCAGUAUUCCUUAGAGCUUGCGAAGAAGCCCAUGAUGUUAAAGACGUGUGCCUGACAUUUUUGGAAAAAGGAGCCAAUCCAAAUGCUAUCAACUCAGUAUGACUAUUCCUGUCACAGGCCGCACGGCUUUAAUGGAAGCAUCAAGAGAAGGAGUGGUAGAACUAGUAAGAGGGAUAUUGGAAAGAGGAGGUGAAGUGAAUGCAUUUGACAAUGACCGACAUCAUGCUGCACAUUUUGCUGCCAAAGGAGGCUUUUUCGAUAUAUUGAAGCUGCUUUUUGCCUAUAAUGGAGACAUGGGGCUGAUUGCAAUGAAUGGGAACACACCACUUCAUUAUGCUGCCAUGGGCGGUUUUACUGAUUGCUGUAAAUACAUAGCUCAGCGAGGAUGUGAGCUGAAAUGGAGGAAUUUAAACCACAAAACACCCAGGGCUUUGGCUAAGGAAGGCGGCUUCAAAGCGGCAAGCAAAGAAAUUCGGCGGGCGGAGAGAAUCGCUGAUAAACUAGCAAGGCCAGGAGCCAAAAAUCCCAAUCCACUUUGGGCCCUUAGACUUCAUGAUUGGUCAGUAGAACGUGAGGCUUUCCUUUGGGAAGCCUUUUCGCUUGUGGAUAGGGGCGACGGAACAGUCAGCAAGGAGGACUUUGUGAUGACCCUGGAGGAGAGGCAAGAGUUUGUGACCUCAGAACAGCUGGCUGCGGUCGCUCAACUUCAUGAAAAAAUCCUGGGAGCUGGGGUCAACAUUAACGAUUUCUUCAAAGGAACCAAAUACUUAAGCAAGUCUUUUGUCUUGGGAUCCUAUAGGCCUAAGAAAAAGAAAAAAGGGAUGGCCAAAAAAGCAAAGAAAGGCACGUUUGUUUUACCCCUCCCAAUCUGCAUCAUCCCAGACCACGUGUUUCCACACUGGAGCAAUGGUGGGCCACCCUAUUACAUGAUUGACACCUACCAGAACGUAACUGACUGCAGUCGGUUUAACAGAGACCAUCCACCAGAACAUCCCAUUCAGGAUGACUCGGCUUGGUACACUGAUGAUCCAGGGAAGGUAUUUUCAAACAUUAAUUUCAUCACCAAGGCGGGAGACCUGGCUUCUCUGAAAAAGGCAUUUGAGUCAGGAAUGCCUGUGGAUAUACAGGAUAAUUACUACAAAACACCGCUAAUGACGGCAUGUGCAAGUGGAAACAUAGAAGCAGUCAAGUUUCUUCUUGAAAAAGGGGCUAACGUGAACGCAACAGAUAAUUUUCUGUGGACUCCUCUUCAUUUUGCAUGCCAUGCAGGACAACAAGAUAUUGUUGAGCUUCUUGUUAAAUCUGGAGCCAUGAUAGAUGCACUGUCAAUCAACAACUCAACUCCUUUAAGUAGAGCCAUUGAGAGCUGUAGACUUGAUACUGUAAAAUAUCUACUUGACAUUGGUGCUAAAUUUCAGCUGGAAAAUAGAAAAGGUCAUAGUGCUAUGGAUAUUGCAGAGGCAUAUGCUGACUACAGAGUAAUUGGUUUGAUUAAAGAAAAGCUAGAUAACUUGACAAAACCAACAGAAAAUCAAAAACUGAAAGGCAAGCCACCUCUUAAAAUGAAGAGCAAAGGCCCUGAAAUUAAGAAAAAAGAGGAACCCCUUUCAACAACUUAUACUGUACCAACCAUAUCAGAGGAAAAGAAAAUGCAUAAGGAUAAUGUGGGUUAUCUCAACUCGUUGAUUACCAGAGGUUAUACCAAGAAAGUGGAUAUCACAUUUAUUCCACAGAGGCUCUGGACUCCAGAAGCCACGACAACAGAGCUGAUCAGAAAAAGGGAGCUGCGGCGGGAGCGGUUCUCGUACGAUGUGGACUUUGAUGACUUCAUGAUGCCCUUUCAGAAGAACAUCACAGAGAAAGCUCAAGCCUUGGAAGCAACCUUCAAGACCUAAAUCACAGCAGUUGUUUCUUGGGGUAAACAUUUCAAGGCCCAGAGACCAAACUUUGGAGAAAGUAGAUACUUUCAUCAAAGCCAAAGCAGUCCUCAAAUUAAGAAUUUAUAACCAAAUCUUUGCUUUUGCCUUAACAACUAUAAAUAUUUUGAAGCCUCUGGGUUGAUGAUUAUCAUGAUUUUAUUGCUGUUCCUAUUAUGUUAUUAGUAUAGUUAUAAUGCUCCAGUUUUCUCACCCAGGGGCCACUGUGGAAAAUGGAGAAUGUGUAGAUUUUGAAGCAAGAUUUCUGGAGGGGUGGGCUGUCUGUAAAAUUGCAGUAUUUCCAGAAUCUCUCACCUGGCUUUCAUGCAUCUCCAUAUCAAUAGGUGUUUCCAAGGGGUGGAGAGAAGUAGCCCAUUUAUAUAUCAGUAGGUAAUCACAAGGGCAUUUAUCUGGACCAUAGAGGUCGGGUGAAGCACUCUUCUGCUGCAGCCUGGUCAAAAGAGAUGGGAUGACUAUAAGAAAUAAACGAAUUUCUUAACUUUA